CAGUCUAGCUUCACCUAGACAGGCGUGCGGUUUCAUUAGCUGACGUCGUGUUCAAACAAAUUGAGCGAAACUCCGCAACUUUUUCAUUUGCCGACUCAACGCUAACACAUCUGUAUGGGCCGCAAUCUUCAUAAAUCUCAACCAAUCGAAUGAUUAAAGAUGAAUAUGAAAUUGAAGAGGAAGAUUAAAAAGCUGGUGAUCCCGAUACAAAUAGAAGUGAAAUAAAUUUCAACAGAGACAAAUGUAACAGGAUUAAACAUGCACCGUGAAUUAGUGUGCGUGCUGACCGCAGGGUUGGCGCUGCAGAUAAUUGGUGCCUCGACGCUGAUGUGUCCAAGUGACCCUAACUGCGUUUGCGGCGGCACGCUCGCUGUCGAACUCAAUUGCAACAUCGAUGGUCGGAUAGUAAAAAUCAAUUUACUUCCUAAUACAUACUUGAAUAUAAAAUGCGAGAAUUCAACAAGUCUCGACUACAAUAAACUACCUAAAUGUGCCAAUGACAUCAAUUCAUUUAAAUCUGUCAGUUUCAAAGACUGCCCAAUACCUACUUCGUCAUUUAAAGAUGUUUUGACUAGUUUGGGUGUUACGAAGACAAUGGCACUUAUAUUUCAAAAUGCAAAAAAUCUUUCCGGGUAUUUCGAUAGAAAACAUUUUGCAGGAUUACAAGAUUUAACUAAAUUACUACUAUCUGUUAAUGGAAUUACUCGAUUACCAGAUAAUUUAUUUACUGAUAUUAAUAAAUUGACUUGGUUAAAUAUAAGAUCAAAUAGUAUAAAUCUUACUGAAGAAUUAUUUAAGCCGCUUGAAAGGCUGGAGACUUUAGAAAUUAGUCACAAUCACAUGACUAAUAUUUCAUCAAAUUUGUUUUCUCACUUAACUUUGUUGAGAAAACUAUCAUUGUGGCAGAGUAACGUAACUUGGUUCUCUGAGGACUUCUUCACUGGGGUUGAUGUCCUUGAAGAGUUAGACUUGAGUUCGAAUGGCCUUAAUGAGCUUCCGUGGUCGAUAUUCAAACCCCUGAAGAAAUUGAGGAAAUUGACAUUAUUAUCAAACAAGUUUUCGACACUGCCAGAGAAUUUGUUCAGAUACAAUAAUGAGUUGGAAACAGUCGUUAUUUUGAACAACGACGUAAAACUGAAGACACUUCCUAGAUAUUUUUUUGGAAACUUGCGUAAUUUGAAACAGAUAUAUAUACAAAGAUGUGGGCUAGAAUAUAUGCCAUACGAUGUUUUUUCAGACUCUUCUAAUAUAACAAACAUAUCAUUAUCAUAUAACGAAAUAAAAGUUCUCCCUGAACCUGCUUUUAAUGACCAAAUAAAUCUAUUAGAACUUGAUCUUAGUCACAAUAAUUUAACACAGUUGGGAGAAAGGAUUUUUUCGUCUCUAGUACGAUUAGAAAGGCUCGAUUUAUCUUAUAACUCAAUAGUAGAAAUUCCUAGAUCUACUUUUUCGCCGCUGCUUAGUCUCAUUUACCUUAAUAUGGAACACAAUGGAUUGAAAAUACUUCCAAACUAUUUAUUUGUCUACAAUAAACAAAAGAUGUCCAUAACACUGGCUUACAAUCGAUUAAGUUUUGAAGUUCAAGAAGAAGAUGUCAUGCCUGGCGUGUUACACAGGUUGUCUCCGUUUAGCGGUGCUCGUAAUUUGAGACUCUUAAAUUUAAGUCAUAAUGAGUUUAAUCAAUUCUUUUAUGACUGGUGGCUCAACGGCGUUGAUGUAUUGGACAUUAGAUAUAAUAACAUUACAAAUCUUUUGGAUGAAGUCGAACCUUACAAACCUGCAGGCGAAAUGUGGAUUGCUCACAACCCCUUAAAAUGCGAAUGUAAAAACUUUCACUUUAUUGAUUUCGUCACAGGACUGUCUACGAAGAUACCUGAUUUGUCAACGUUUCAAUGCUCGAUUUGGACUAAAGUAUCUUGUUACACGAGAUACACUAUUUUCAUCAUCAUUAUAAUAAUUUUGGUAUCCCUAUACUUAGUGAUGAUAGUAUUAUUUAUAUUCUACAGAAAGAAUAUAAAAUUGGCCAUAAAAAGAAAACUUUGGAAAAGUAAAAAUAAAAAUUCCAAGCCUGCCCGCAAGGUUAAAACCGGUAUAAUGGUAAAUUUCUGUGAAAAUGAUGAGGAGUUCAUUUUGAAAGAUUUUGUUCCACAAUUAAAAAGCCAAAAUUUUAACUUAUUUAUACAUCCAGUGCAAAAUGAGAUACCUAUAUAUGUAAGAAAAUCAGGCCGACGUGUCAAAGAUAUUUGUACUCGCAAAGACGAUGGUGCUCUUAAAUAUGAUACAACUCUUGUUGUGUUUUCCCCCAACUACUUAAUGACAGCUUACAAAAAUGUGGACAUUAAGAAAAUUCAUGGGGAAAUGUUGAAAGCUAAAGAUACAAUUUACAUCUUCGUCGAUAUUGGUCCAGAGAACUCGAUAUAUGCUUUCUUAAAGGAUCAAAGGGAUAUAAACACGUCGGUUUUAUGGAGUGACGUUGACUUUUGGAAGAAAAUUAUAGACAUGCUAUCCGUCGAUCACGAUUUGGGGGUUGUUUCAGCUGCCGAGAAAGACGAUAUUAAAACGCCAGUAAAGUUAAAGAUAUCUAAGGCAAAAUGUCCGCGGAAUAUUUCGUUUUCCAAAUUACCUGACUGGUCUACUCAGUACAAUGUAAACCCAAUUGCGCACAGUCACGUUUAGUUACAUUGUACGAUAAUUUAGUGAGGUAAAGACUGAUUCCAUCACAAUCAAUAGUAAAUCUCACAUAUUUACAGUGGUUUUGAUUUGUCUAAUAUGAUCUUGUGUAUAUUUAAUUCAAUUUUGCAAGCAUACACAUGUAUUUUUUAAUAUUGCGAAAUUUUAUCUAUAAAAUGGUAAAAAUGAAGGAAGUAAACAUCAGGCAAAAUUUGUUAACAUUCAUGUUUACUUGUAUUAAAAUGUUACAAAUUCAAUUUUUCUUAGCGUUUUUUAUGCACAAGG